AUGUCGUCAUCCGGUGCUCAGAAUCCGUCGAAAGCAACAACCAACUCGACGCUCUCCUCCUCCAUCCUGACCAAACCGACCCGUAAAAACACUGCAUGUUCCGAUCUCUCCACCGAUGUUAUUGGGAAAGUCACCGUCUCCUCUGGGAAAGUCGCCGCCUCCUCCGCUGAUAAGGGAAAAGGAUGCGGUGUGUGUCAUACUAAGGCAACCAAAGGGGCUACAACACUUACGUGCAAAAAAUGUGGGAAGAGUGAAAUUGUUGGUGUGCCACAGUACCUCUCGAAAAUCUCUGUCUAUGACCACAGUGAACAGGCUGUAUUUGUUCUCCUUGGUGAUGCUGGCCAGGAGUUGAAUGGGAAGAAAGCGUCUGAAUUAGUUGAGAGUUACUACGAGGCUAAUGAAAAUGCAGGAGCCGAUGACUUAGUUCCUGUGCCGCAGGCUCUGGUUGAUACUAUUGGCCAGUCAAGGAAGUUUAUUGUGAAGGUCUCAACCAACAACUUGACCGGCAAGACUCAAGUCUUAACUGUCACAAAAGUGCUCCCUCUUGAAGUUGCAGAGCUUGAAGGCGGUUUAGGAGAAAAUGUUGACAAUGUAGGUGAUGAUGGUAUGGAGGAUACUGCAGCUGAGACGGUGAAAAGGAGUUCGGAUGGGAUUGAAUUGGUUGGGUUGAAGCGUGCCAAGUGUGGCUAA